UUCCUAAUUUGGAUUUAUUUUAUUUGGGACUAUGUACUCGUAAUUUUUGUCUAUUUCCUAUAUUAUAAAAAUAAUCGUAAUGGAUUGAGAAAGUGCCGCAUGAAAACGACACAAAAUGUCGGAUAAUAUAAUCAUUAAAAUAGAACCAAUUGAUUACGAGCCUGAAGCGCCCGUCGCUAACGAAAAAGAUCCGGAAUUCAUAAAUAUUAAACCAGAAUUAGAUGAUACAGAAAAAGAUAAUACACCAAAAGAUACAACGGAAUGUUUGGAAACUGUCGUAAAAGCUGAAGCGGUGGGAUUAUGUGUUGUUAAAGCGGAGCCUGAGGAGAAUGAUUUCAUAAUACCGGACAUAGGGGCCCCGCAGGGCCCCAUCACAUCUGUUGAUGGAGUUUCUGAAGAAGAUCUAAACUUAAACGCCGUACAGAGGGGCAAAUACCAAUGUCCGGUAUGUUCCAGAAGAUUCACGUUUAAAGCGCACUUGAAGCACCAUUUAAUUUUGCACAGUCGGCAAAAACUUGAAUGCCAUAUCUGUCUUUUGAGACUAAACAACUUGGAGGAUUAUGAAGGCCAUCUAGUAGACCAUGCCCAGGAAAGGAAGUAUGAAUGCCAGGAAUGUGGAAAGAGAUUUAAGAGCUCAUCAAAUCUCCAACAACACAGGAAAAUUCACCUUGUAGUUAAGCCGUUUCAUUGUGAAAAGUGCCAAAAACAGUUCCCAGUUAGAGCCCAUUUAAUUAAACACCAAAGAGCGGGGGGUAGAUGCAAGAUACAAGCAGACGAGCCAUUGGAAUGUAAUGUGUGCAACAAGACGUUUCAAAAGGUGUUCCUCCUCAAGAGCCAUUUACGAAAACAUACCACGGAGAGGCCCUUUCAAUGUGACAUGUGCAAAAUGUUUUUCAAAUAUAAAUCGGCCUUGGUCCGACAUAUUCAAAUACACAAUAACGAUAGGCCUUUCUCCUGUGUGUUUUGCAAUAAAACCUUCACGAAUGCGGGGUUGUUAAAGCCUCAUAUGAGGAAGCAUACGGGCGAAAAGCCCUUCCCUUGUCCCGUGUGUAACAAGAAUUUUGGUCACAAACAUAACAUGCUGAGACAUCUAGCUAGGCAUGAGAAAAAGAAGAAUUUACAAUGCAAGAUUUGUAAUAAAGUCUUUCCAAAAGAGAGUAGAUUGAUCUAUCACAUGCGAUCUCACACAAAUAGUAAACCGUUCGGUUGUGAUGUCUGUAACAAGAAAUUUUCUCAUAAGCAAAAUAUUAUGCGACAUUACGAGAAGAAACAUCCCAAUGUUAGUUAUGUGAUUAAAAUAACAGAUGCCAGUGUUGCUAGAACUGUGUGGGAGAAAGUGCAGAAGAAAUUAAUGGCGGAGGGGAACGAAUAAGUUGCCAGUUUAUAGCAAUAAAUAUGCUUAAAAGUUAAAUAAAUGAACUCAUGUUAAAGCUAGAAAAGAGCUCAAUGAAUUUAUAAGUAAAAAGGUGUAGAUAGGUUACCAACACAACAUUAAAUCUUCAAACACGGCACACUAACGCACACACGAUUAGACGUCACAGUGAGAUGGCAUGAUUCAACUAUUGUGAGCGAAAGAGACAACAAGAGUAAAAUGUGGCUAAUAAGUAUACUUACCUACACCUUUUUACUUGUAAUAUCAUUGGUAAUUAAUAGAUACUGAAUUAGUAUUGCUAUCUCAUGUUAUUCGAAUUGAGAAAAAGAGAUAGGUAAUGUAAGAGUUUGCGUCUCGCUUUUAGGUGACGUUUAGUCACUAAUAUGUCCGUAAAUUUGGAUGUACUCGAUUACUCAAGAACGGAAACGAUAUUUUUGCGAUUUGGUACUUAUUCGGUUUUAAAAGAAAAUAAAGAAAUACAAAAGUAGAUAGUCAAAUGGAAGUUUACAAAUAUUAUAAAAAAUACAAUAAGUAAAAAAAUACCCCCAAAAUUUAAAGAAAAAAAAAAUAGUGAAAAAUGUCAUAAUCUUAUCUUCUACCUAAUAAACAAUCUUAUAACCAAUUGCAUUAACAUCGAUUCAGUAGUUCUUAAUUGAUUAGCAAAUAAAUUAAGAUUGAUAACUGUGCAAUAUAAAUUAAUAUUUAUGAGGGUAGAUAUAAAAACAAUUGGUUUUUAUGCAUUUUGUGAUAUUUAUUUUGUCUUUCGUUUUUCACAAUGUUUUUUUCUGUAAUAUUUUGUUUUCUAUAUCCACUUGGUAAUUUCCUACAUAUUUGUGAAAUACAUUUAAAAAAAUAAAAAUUAAAUACAGAUUUUCAUAAGUUUUGAAAAACUAUGCAAGGGACUAUGACUGUUUUUUUUACUGAAGUAAUUUUUAUAUCUUUAGAUAUACUGUUAUAUUAAGUGCUAAAAAAAGCUGUUUAUAAAUAGCCUAUAGUCAUUAUAUUGUAAUAUAAACAGAUUGUUUUGUAAAUUUAUUUUUUUUAAGGAAAAAAUCUAAGAGUGGAGGUAACACCCAUAUUUAUGUUAAAAUAAUUUAUUUGUUUUUUUUUCGAUUUUUUGUAUAAAGGUUUAAUAAUAAUAGAAAAUCUAUUGUGUCGUGGACCGAUCGGGCCGCUUGGGGCUCAAUGGGCUAUAACGCUCAAGUAAAUAUUUCGGAGCCAUUUUUUUUAGUUACUUUUUAUGUGUCACGAAAAAUAUAUCGAGUAUUUUAUGUUUCAACAAAGAAAAAUAUAUACGAGUACUAAGCGAGUACAUAACAUUUUUUUGAAGUAUACCUACUUGUCAUAGUGUGUGAAAGAGACAGCCUAUUGUAUUGUGGAAUAUGCAGAGCUAAGAACGUUUAGACUGCAAUAAAAAUAAAAAUUAAACAAAAAUACACAAUUAUCAAAAUUCCACGUUACAAGAUUGUUUAUAUUCAGUAACAUUGUAUUUUGUCAAUUAAUAGGUUUUUUCAAUUAAAAUAUGAUUUAUUUAGUUUCAAUAAGAACAAAUAUACACUCCUAAUAUAUUUAUAUAUAGAUAUGUAAGCCUAUUGUACCUCUUAGUCAUUACAUUAUAUAAGUAUUUAAUUAAAUAAGGAAAUAUUAAAUAAAAAUAUGUGCACUUUUAA